UUACCCGCAAACGUCUCUGCGUCCUGUUCAAGUCAGACUGCGCCGCUGACAGCAGGGACCGUUAACUGGUCUGAUAAAUAACGUCUGUGUUUGUGGACAUAUAACGUCGUAAACAUCGGACUGUAACACAACCGGCUUCAUUUCUUCUGUAAAACGCGAGGAGUCGUCGAAAAGCAGAAAUGACUUCACAAAUCCGACAAAACUUCCACCAGGACUGUGAGGCUGCCAUUAACCGACAGAUAAACCUGGAGCUGUACGCCUCUUGUGUUUAUCUCUCCAUGGCAUACUAUUUUGAAAGGGAUGACAAAUCCCUUCCAAAUUUUGCAAAGUUCUUUCACAAACAGUCCAAAGAGGAGCGUGAGCAUGCAGAGAAGCUGAUGAGUCUGCAGAACAAGCGAGGAGGGAGAAUUUUUCUGCAGGAUGUGAGGAAACCUGAUAGGGAUGAGUGGGGGAGCGGCCUGGAGGCUUUAGAGUGCGCCCUGCAGCUGGAGAAAAGUGUAAACCAAUCCCUGCUGGACCUGCAGAAAAUGGCGACUGAGCACAAUGACCCUCAUAUGUGUGACUUCAUAGAAACACAUUUUCUGGAUGAGCAGGUUAAAUCCAUCAAAGAUCUCGCUGACUGGAUCUCAAACCUGCACCGUAUGGGAGCGCCGCAGAGUGGCAUGGCUGAGUACCUCUUUGACAAACACACCAUGGCUGAAGAGGGCAGCUAAACAAAGCUGGGACACCAGCCUGACGUCUCCUGCAGAUGACAACGUAACGCUGCUUUAUUUAUAUUUGUUAGCUGUUUGAAAAAGCCAUAGAUACUGUAGCACUCUAAACUGGACUGCUGCAGAUAUCCCUUAAAGUAAGUCAUUGUAUUUUACUCAUUGUUUUAGGGUUUAAGUAAGUGUUUGCUUCUCUUUGACUAUAAAGUGUGAGUGGAGGCUGGUCUGUACCACUGCAACAUUUAAGUGUUUGGGAAAGUGUGAAUUUCAGCUUUGAAUGUUUGUAUUUAUCUUAAGAGAAGGAAAAAUAUGUAUCUCUUACAUAAAAUUUCAUUUUUUCUGA